AUGUUGUUGAGAAGAAAUCGCUGGAGUGUGGAAUUGCUACCCCACGAUGUGGUAGAGUUGAUCCUCGAGAGACUUCCUGUGUGGUCUCUGCUGAGAUUCAAGUCUGUAUCCAAGAACUGGAAAUCGACAAUUGAUUCCCGACGUUUCCAACAAAGACAGUUGAUCCAGCGUAGGCAAUUACGAGGUCCAGAUUUCCUCCUCUACGUGAUCUCUGAUUAUAAAGAAGAUGAAUCGAUAAUGGUGUUGGGAGAUUCCAUUGUUUUUAAGCUCAGGAUCCCUGACCCGAUCACCAUGGUUUGCCAUGGUAGUUGUGACGGUCUUGUAUGCAUCUUCAAUAUCGACGGACCGAGUAUGGUGGUGAAUCCGGCCACUAGAUGGCAUCGAAUUUUUCCUCUAUCUAACGCUCAACAGCUCCUCCUCAACAUGUUUAAGAGGAGAGUGCAUAGGUGCCCACGUCCUAAGCUUGGGUUCGGUAAAGACAAGUUCAAGGGCACAUACAAGCCGGUUUGGCUAUGUAAUUCAUCUGAGUUUGGCCUAGACAACGCUACUACUUGUGAAGUCUUUGAUUUUAGCACCAAUGCUUGGAGGUACGUUCUCCCUGCGUCUCCUUACAGGAUCGUUGACGACCAGAAGCCAGUGUAUUUAGAUGGGUCACUUUAUUGGCUCACUGAAUGUGAAGAAACCAAGGUGUUAUCUUUUGAUCUUCAAACGGAAACUUUUCAAGUCAUCUCUAAAGCUCCCUUUCCCCAUUCACCUGACUCUAACGACGUCAUCAUGUGCAUCCUCGAUAACCGCUUGUGCGUAUCCCACAAAAUCUGGCCCACCCAAAGUAUAUGGACGUCGUUCGAUUCUUUAAGCGGCAAUGGCAACAAGACAUGGAAGAAGAUGUGGUCCAUAGAUCUCACCAAAACGUUUUCUUUGUAUGGGGACACAGGUUUGGGGCCCUUGGUACGGCCCUGCUUACCAUUAGCAAUACUGAAUGAGGAUAAGUUAUUGCUUCAAGGUGGUGAUAUCUCGCAACCAGUGAUAAGGCAAACUCUGAGCUCUCCAGAUGGAACUUUUGAACUAGGAUUCUUCAAUCCUAACAGCUCUCAAGAACAUCAAUAUGUUGGAAUCUGGUUCAAGAAAGUCACACCUCGGGUAUAUAGCAGAGAAAAUCCAGUCACGAGCUCCACGGUGGGUCUUUCAAUAAGCAGCAAUGGAAUUCUCAUCUUGCUUGACGAGAAACAAACAGUUCUCUGGAGAAGGAGCUCAGGCAUCUAA